AUGGGUCGUCAUAAUAAGCGCAAGCGUGAGGAUGAUGACUCCGAUCCAGUCACCGAUACUAACACGAACGGCUUCGGUGUUGCAGAGACCCUGUCCCGCUUGAAUGCUCCGCCGUCGUCCACCGUGGAUGAGAACAUUGUUAACACGCCGAAAAGUCUCAAGGACGGACAAAAGCCCAGCACGAAAAGGAAACGGGUGGAUGGAGAAAAGACCAAAUACCCGGACCUGACGUAUGUGCAGGGCACUUUGAAGUCCUCGAUCAGAAUCUCCGAUCUCCAGGGCCUGCUCCUCUACUGCUUUGCCGAUGGAAUCGCGCCGCAAUGGAUUUCCAUCAAGCACUCCGGACACAUGCGAAAGGUGGUAGUCUUGAUGGUACCAGGACUCGAGAUUGGCAUGUUUGAUGGCACAAUUCCACUGGGUCCCGAUGGGAGUUCCCAGGAGGAGGCAAAGGAGGACUCGGACAUGGCUGCAGCCGAGGAAACCUCUGACGAUCGAAAUAACGUCGAUUUCGAGCGCUGGAAGCAGGGUCUUCCCCUCGAGGAUCGUUCAUCCCGUUUUAGUCCCCGUGAAUUGGAAGCGGCUUCUCUUCCUGACCCAUUGCGUCCCUUGGCCAACAUGUUUCCGCACGUCUGGCCCGUCAAAGCCCCCGGUGAUGCCAAGUACAACAAGGUGCACUCUCCGCUUCAAGCAAUACUUCUUUCGUCGCUCCCGAAAUCUAAAGAGAGUGGUGGUAGCGGGAAAGGUGCUCGGCCCUCCAAGGUCGAUAAAGGGUUUGUGCCCAAGCGCACCCCAAUCACAAGAUUCAUCAGCAACAUGGAGGAGUUGCGAGAGAACGACUAUGUCUUGCAUCCUGCGUUCUUCCUCUCCGACGAGGAUAAGGAGGCUCAGCUCUCCAUUCGUCACCAGACCGAGCAGUCGACACAACACGGAUGGGUGGAUACCGAGGUACCUUCGCUUGAAGCGGGUGAGGUGCCGGAGAGUGAGAUUGAGAGUGGUAGCAUGACCGCGGGCCGGAAUGUGCUGUCUCUUGAUUGUGAAAUGUGCCUGACAGAAGGCGGGCAGUCCGAGUUGACUCGUAUCAGCAUGGUCGGCUGGGAUGGCGAAGUCGUUUUGGAUGAACUGGUCAAACCUACGAAACCCAUCAUCGAUUAUCUCACCCGUUACUCUGGUAUCACCAAGGAGAUGCUCGACCCAGUCACUACGACGCUGGCAGACAUUCAGACCAAAUUGUUGACUCUCUUGACCCCACGCACCAUCUUGGUCGGACAUUCCCUCAACUCCGAUCUUACCGCCCUCAAGAUCACGCAUCCGUUCAUCGUCGAUACCGCUCACAUCUAUCCGCAUCCGCGUGGUCCUCCACUCAAAUGCAGUCUGAAAUGGCUCACUCAAAAAUAUCUGCAUAAAGAAAUCCAGAAAGGCACCACUGGUCACGACUCGGUGGAAGAUGCCCGGGCCGUGCUGGAGCUGGUCAAAUUGAAAUGUGAGAAAGGCGAGCUCUGGGGCACGAGUGAAGCGUCCAACGAAAGUAUCUUCCGACGCCUCGGUCGAUCGACCAAGAACGGCAGGACCACUGCCCCUGGAGAGGGACGAACCGGUGCCGUGGUGGACUGGGGCAAUCCCGAACGUGGCUUUGGAUCUCAAGCCACCGUUUCCAUUGGGUGUUGCAACGACGAGGACGUGGUGAAGGGGGUUGCCUCCGUUGUCAAAGGCGACGAGUCUAAUCCCACCAUUCCAGGCGGGGGUGUUGAUUUUACGUGGGCGCGCCUGCGCAACCUUGAGAUGACUCGAGGCUGGUGCACUCGCAUGCCCGAUGCGAACAAUGCGAAUGAGUCGACGACCCUCGUGCCCCCUCCGGAGGACACGACCCCGACCACAGGCACGUCCGAGUCUGUGACGGAUCCCACCACUCUCGCCGACUCGGUUCGCCAAACCGUUGCGGAUAUCUCCCGCAUCUAUGAGUCCUUACCCCCAUGUACCUUGUUCAUUGUCUACUCUGGCACCGGCGACCCGCGGGAAGUUGGUCGACUGCAAAAUAUGCACCGCAAGUACCGCGAGGAAUUCAAUGCCCGAAAACCGUGGGAUGAAUUGAGUGUAAAGUGGACGGAUACAGAGGAGCAAGCGCUGAAAAAGGCCUGUGAGCGCGCUCGGGAGGGUUGCGGAUUCAUGUGUGUCAAAUAG